AUGAGCGCACGUGACGGGUUCAGGCAGAGUCCUCGCCAGCAGCAGUCACAGCCGUCGCAGCACUCGCAGACGCAUCGCCCACCUCUUCGCGAACGCCUUCGCGAGCUCUCGCAACAAAUUCGGGAAGCGGUGCGCGAGGGGCAGCGCGCGGAGGGCGGGCGCAGGCGCAGGCGCGCGGAGGAGCAGGUCGACGCGCUCAUGGCGGAAUACCACGCGCUGGGCGGCGCGCCUGCCACGUGGAUGUACGCGGCUCGGAUCCAGCUGUGCCUGGUGAAGGGUGCCACGUGGCGCCGACUCGGGAGGGGGAGGUUUCAACUGGGGGAGGUGGAACCCAGUCGGACGCGUUUGGGCGGGGGCGCAACGGGGGAACGCGAGGGGGAAGUGGGUUUAGGGGAAGGGGAAGCGGAAGGGAGGCAGCGAGUAGCGUUGCGACAGCUGGCGCGCGCGCGGGAGCUGUGGCAGGAGAUGCGCGCCUGCAGCCUGCAAGCAGACAAAUACGCCGCCUCUGCAAUGAUUGCGGUGUGCGGGCGGGCGGGCAGGGCGGAUGAAGCUGAGAGGGUGAUGGCAGCGGUGGCGCUGGGGGAGGAUACGGUUGGGGGGGGUACGGUGGGGGAGAAUAUGGUGGGGAAGCCUGGGGUGGGGAAACAGGUGGAGCCGGGGAAGGUGUCUUCUGGUGUUGUUGUUGCUGAUGGUGCAACGAGCCGUGAAGCAGGCAUGGGUGGGUUCAACAGUGGGUUGAAUGGUGGGACAAGGAGUGGCUUUAACGAUGCGGUGGUGUGGAAUGCGCUGGCGGAUGCGUGGAUCUUGACACUGGUGGUGGCGGCUUCUGCUGCUGCUGCUGCUGCUGCUGCUGCUGCUGCUGCUGCUGCUGCUGCUGCUGCUGCUGCUGCUGCUGCUGCUGCUGCUGCUGCUGAGCGGCCAUUGCCGGUGUAUGCUGCUGCCUCAAAUUUGUUUCACUGCUCUGCCCCAUUGUCAUCAUACCAUUGCUGUCGUAUCAACUUGUUGCCCGCAUUACAUCGCAGCUACAACAUUGUUCUCAACGCCCAUGCCAAGAGCAUCACACCAUGUCCUUGCUCGCCCAUGUGCUCGUCCCUCCAUGUGCCCAUUCUCCCCACGAGCAGCGCAGCUACAACAUUGUUCUCAACGCCCAUGCCAAGAGCAUCACACCAUGUCCUUGCUCGCCCAUGUGCUCGUCCCUCCAUGUGCCCAUUCUCCCCACGAGCAGCGCAGCUACAACAUUGUUCUCAACGCCCAUGCCAAGAGCAUCACACCAUGUCCUUGCUCGCCCAUGUGCUCGUCCCUCCAUGUGCCCAUUCUCCCCACGAGCAGCGCAGCUACAACAUUGUUCUCAACGCCCAUGCCAAGAGCAUCACACCAUGUCCUUGCUCGCCCAUGUGCUCGUCCCUCCAUGUGCCCAUUCUCCCCACGAGCAGCGCAGCUACAACAUUGUUCUCAACGCCCAUGCCAAGAGCAUCACACCAUGUCCUUGCUCGCCCAUGUGCUCGUCCCUCCAUGUGCCCAUUCUCCCCACGAGCAGCGCAGCUACAACAUUGUUCUCAACGCCCAUGCCAAGAGCAUCACACCAUGUCCUUGCUCGCCCAUGUGCUCGUCCCUCCAUGUGCCCAUUCUCCCCACGAGCAGCGCAGCUACAACAUUGUUCUCAACGCCAUGCCAAGAGCAUCACACCAUGUCCUUGCUCGCCCAUGUGCUCGUCCCUCCAUGUGCCCAUUCUCCCCACGAGCAGCGCAGCUACAACAUUGUUCUCAACGCCCAUGCCAAGAGCAUCACACCAUGUCCUUGCUCGCCCAUGUGCUCGUCCCUCCAUGUGCCCAUUCUCCCCACGAGCAGCGCAGCUACAACAUUGUUCUCAACGCCCAUGCCAAGAGCAUCACACCAUGUCCUUGCUCGCCCAUGUGCUCGUCCCUCCAUGUGCCCAUUCUCCCCACGAGCAGCGCAGCUACAACAUUGUUCUCAACGCCCAUGCCAAGAGCAUCACACCAUGUCCUUGCUCGCCCAUGUGCUCGUCCCUCCAUGUGCCCAUUCUCCCCACGAGCAGCGCAGCUACAACAUUGUUCUCAACGCCCAUGCCAAGAGCAUCACACCAUGUCCUUGCUCGCCCAUGUGCUCGUCCCUCCAUGUGCCCAUUCUCCCCACGAGCAGCGCAGCUACAACAUUGUUCUCAACGCCCAUGCCAAGAGCAUCACACCAUGUCCUUGCUCGCCCAUGUGCUCGUCCCUCCAUGUGCCCAUUCUCCCCACGAGCAGCGCAGCUACAACAUUGUUCUCAACGCCCAUGCCAAGAGCAUCACACCAUGUCCUUGCUCGCCCAUGUGCUCGUCCCUCCAUGUGCCCAUUCUCCCCACGAGCAGCGCAGCUACAACAUUGUUCUCAACGCCCAUGCCAAGAGCAUCACACCAUGUCCUUGCUCGCCCAUGUGCUCGUCCCUCCAUGUGCCCAUUCUCCCCACGAGCAGCGCAGCUACAACAUUGUUCUCAACGCCCAUGCCAAGAGCAUCACACCAUGUCCUUGCUCGCCCAUGUGCUCGUCCCUCCAUGUGCCCAUUCUCCCCACGAGCAGCGCAGCUACAACAUUGUUCUCAACGCCCAUGCCAAGAGCAUCACACCAUGUCCUUGCUCGCCCAUGUGCUCGUCCCUCCAUGUGCCCAUUCUCCCCACGAGCAGCGCAGCUACAACAUUGUUCUCAACGCCCAUGCCAAGAGCAUCACACCAUGUCCUUGCUCGCCCAUGUGCUCGUCCCUCCAUGUGCCCAUUCUCCCCACGAGCAGCGCAGCUACAACAUUGUUCUCAACGCCCAUGCCAAGAGCAUCACACCAUGUCCUUGCUCGCCCAUGUGCUCGUCCCUCCAUGUGCCCAUUCUCCCCACGAGCAGCGCAGCUACAACAUUGUUCUCAACGCCCAUGCCAAGAGCAUCACACCAUGUCCUUGCUCGCCCAUGUGCUCGUCCCUCCAUGUGCCCAUUCUCCCCACGAGCAGCGCAGCUACAACAUUGUUCUCAACGCCCAUGCCAAGAGCAUCACACCAUGUCCUUGCUCGCCCAUGUGCUCGUCCCUCCAUGUGCCCAUUCUCCCCACGAGCAGCGCAGCUACAACAUUGUUCUCAACGCCCAUGCCAAGAGCAUCACACCAUGUCCUUGCUCGCCCAUGUGCUCGUCCCUCCAUGUGCCCAUUCUCCCCACGAGCAGCGCAGCUACAACAUUGUUCUCAACGCCCAUGCCAAGAGCAUCACACCAUGUCCUUGCUCGCCCAUGUGCUCGUCCCUCCAUGUGCCCAUUCUCCCCACGAGCAGCGCAGCUACAACAUUGUUCUCAACGCCCAUGCCAAGAGCAUCACACCAUGUCCUUGCUCGCCCAUGUGCUCGUCCCUCCAUGUGCCCAUUCUCCCCACGAGCAGCGCAGCUACAACAUUGUUCUCAACGCCCAUGCCAAGAGCAUCACACCAUGUCCUUGCUCGCCCAUGUGCUCGUCCCUCCAUGUGCCCAUUCUCCCCACGAGCAGCGCAGCUACAACAUUGUUCUCAACGCCCAUGCCAAGAGCAUCACACCAUGUCCUUGCUCGCCCAUGUGCUCGUCCCUCCAUGUGCCCAUUCUCCCCACGAGCAGCGCAGCUACAACAUUGUUCUCAACGCCCAUGCCAAGAGCAUCACACCAUGUCCUUGCUCGCCCAUGUGCUCGUCCCUCCAUGUGCCCAUUCUCCCCACGAGCAGCGCAGCUACAACAUUGUUCUCAACGCCCAUGCCAAGAGCAUCACACCAUGUCCUUGCUCGCCCAUGUGCUCGUCCCUCCAUGUGCCCAUUCUCCCCACGAGCAGCGCAGCUACAACAUUGUUCUCAACGCCCAUGCCAAGAGCAUCACACCAUGUCCUUGCUCGCCCAUGUGCUCGUCCCUCCAUGUGCCCAUUCUCCCCACGAGCAGCGCAGCUACAACAUUGUUCUCAACGCCCAUGCCAAGAGCAUCACACCAUGUCCUUGCUCGCCCAUGUGCUCGUCCCUCCAUGUGCCCAUUCUCCCCACGAGCAGCGCAGCUACAACAUUGUUCUCAACGCCCAUGCCAAGAGCAUCACACCAUGUCCUUGCUCGCCCAUGUGCUCGUCCCUCCAUGUGCCCAUUCUCCCCACGAGCAGCGCAGCUACAACAUUGUUCUCAACGCCCAUGCCAAGAGCAUCACACCAUGUCCUUGCUCGCCCAUGUGCUCGUCCCUCCAUGUGCCCAUUCUCCCCACGAGCAGCGCAGCUACAACAUUGUUCUCAACGCCCAUGCCAAGAGCAUCACACCAUGUCCUUGCUCGCCCAUGUGCUCGUCCCUCCAUGUGCCCAUUCUCCCCACGAGCAGCGCAGCUACAACAUUGUUCUCAACGCCCAUGCCAAGAGCAUCACACCAUGUCCUUGCUCGCCCAUGUGCUCGUCCCUCCAUGUGCCCAUUCUCCCCACGAGCAGCGCAGCUACAACAUUGUUCUCAACGCCCAUGCCAAGAGCAUCACACCAUGUCCUUGCUCGCCCAUGUGCUCGUCCCUCCAUGUGCCCAUUCUCCCCACGAGCAGCGCAGCUACAACAUUGUUCUCAACGCCCAUGCCAAGAGCAUCACACCAUGUCCUUGCUCGCCCAUGUGCUCGUCCCUCCAUGUGCCCAUUCUCCCCACGAGCAGCGCAGCUACAACAUUGUUCUCAACGCCCAUGCCAAGAGCAUCACACCAUGUCCUUGCUCGCCCAUGUGCUCGUCCCUCCAUGUGCCCAUUCUCCCCACGAGCAGCGCAGCUACAACAUUGUUCUCAACGCCCAUGCCAAGAGCAUCACACCAUGUCCUUGCUCGCCCAUGUGCUCGUCCCUCCAUGUGCCCAUUCUCCCCACGAGCAGCGCAGCUACAACAUUGUUCUCAACGCCCAUGCCAAGAGCAUCACACCAUGUCCUUGCUCGCCCAUGUGCUCGUCCCUCCAUGUGCCCAUUCUCCCCACGAGCAGCGCAGCUACAACAUUGUUCUCAACGCCCAUGCCAAGAGCAUCACACCAUGUCCUUGCUCGCCCAUGUGCUCGUCCCUCCAUGUGCCCAUUCUCCCCACGAGCAGCGCAGCUACAACAUUGUUCUCAACGCCCAUGCCAAGAGCAUCACACCAUGUCCUUGCUCGCCCAUGUGCUCGUCCCUCCAUGUGCCCAUUCUCCCCACGAGCAGCGCAGCUACAACAUUGUUCUCAACGCCCAUGCCAAGAGCAUCACACCAUGUCCUUGCUCGCCCAUGUGCUCGUCCCUCCAUGUGCCCAUUCUCCCCACGAGCAGCGCAGCUACAACAUUGUUCUCAACGCCCAUGCCAAGAGCAUCACACCAUGUCCUUGCUCGCCCAUGUGCUCGUCCCUCCAUGUGCCCAUUCUCCCCACGAGCAGCGCAGCUACAACAUUGUUCUCAACGCCCAUGCCAAGAGCAUCACACCAUGUCCUUGCUCGCCCAUGUGCUCGUCCCUCCAUGUGCCCAUUCUCCCCACGAGCAGCGCAGCUACAACAUUGUUCUCAACGCCCAUGCCAAGAGCAUCACACCAUGUCCUUGCUCGCCCAUGUGCUCGUCCCUCCAUGUGCCCAUUCUCCCCACGAGCAGCGCAGCUACAACAUUGUUCUCAACGCCCAUGCCAAGAGCAUCACACCAUGUCCUUGCUCGCCCAUGUGCUCGUCCCUCCAUGUGCCCAUUCUCCCCACGAGCAGCGCAGCUACAACAUUGUUCUCAACGCCCAUGCCAAGAGCAUCACACCAUGUCCUUGCUCGCCCAUGUGCUCGUCCCUCCAUGUGCCCAUUCUCCCCACGAGCAGCGCAGCUACAACAUUGUUCUCAACGCCCAUGCCAAGAGCAUCACACCAUGUCCUUGCUCGCCCAUGUGCUCGUCCCUCCAUGUGCCCAUUCUCCCCACGAGCAGCGCAGCUACAACAUUGUUCUCAACGCCCAUGCCAAGAGCAUCACACCAUGUCCUUGCUCGCCCAUGUGCUCGUCCCUCCAUGUGCCCAUUCUCCCCACGAGCAGCGCAGCUACAACAUUGUUCUCAACGCCCAUGCCAAGAGCAUCACACCAUGUCCUUGCUCGCCCAUGUGCUCGUCCCUCCAUGUGCCCAUUCUCCCCACGAGCAGCGCAGCUACAACAUUGUUCUCAACGCCCAUGCCAAGAGCAUCACACCAUGUCCUUGCUCGCCCAUGUGCUCGUCCCUCCAUGUGCCCAUUCUCCCCACGAGCAGCGCAGCUACAACAUUGUUCUCAACGCCCAUGCCAAGAGCAUCACACCAUGUCCUUGCUCGCCCAUGUGCUCGUCCCUCCAUGUGCCCAUUCUCCCCACGAGCAGCGCAGCUACAACAUUGUUCUCAACGCCCAUGCCAAGAGCAUCACACCAUGUCCUUGCUCGCCCAUGUGCUCGUCCCUCCAUGUGCCCAUUCUCCCCACGAGCAGCGCAGCUACAACAUUGUUCUCAACGCCCAUGCCAAGAGCAUCACACCAUGUCCUUGCUCGCCCAUGUGCUCGUCCCUCCAUGUGCCCAUUCUCCCCACGAGCAGCGCAGCUACAACAUUGUUCUCAACGCCCAUGCCAAGAGCAUCACACCAUGUCCUUGCUCGCCCAUGUGCUCGUCCCUCCAUGUGCCCAUUCUCCCCACGAGCAGCGCAGCUACAACAUUGUUCUCAACGCCCAUGCCAAGAGCAUCACACCAUGUCCUUGCUCGCCCAUGUGCUCGUCCCUCCAUGUGCCCAUUCUCCCCACGAGCAGCGCAGCUACAACAUUGUUCUCAACGCCCAUGCCAAGAGCAUCACACCAUGUCCUUGCUCGCCCAUGUGCUCGUCCCUCCAUGUGCCCAUUCUCCCCACGAGCAGCGCAGCUACAACAUUGUUCUCAACGCCCAUGCCAAGAGCAUCACACCAUGUCCUUGCUCGCCCAUGUGCUCGUCCCUCCAUGUGCCCAUUCUCCCCACGAGCAGCGCAGCUACAACAUUGUUCUCAACGCCCAUGCCAAGAGCAUCACACCAUGUCCUUGCUCGCCCAUGUGCUCGUCCCUCCAUGUGCCCAUUCUCCCCACGAGCAGCGCAGCUACAACAUUGUUCUCAACGCCCAUGCCAAGAGCAUCACACCAUGUCCUUGCUCGCCCAUGUGCUCGUCCCUCCAUGUGCCCAUUCUCCCCACGAGCAGCGCAGCUACAACAUUGUUCUCAACGCCCAUGCCAAGAGCAUCACACCAUGUCCUUGCUCGCCCAUGUGCUCGUCCCUCCAUGUGCCCAUUCUCCCCACGAGCAGCGCAGCUACAACAUUGUUCUCAACGCCCAUGCCAAGAGCAUCACACCAUGUCCUUGCUCGCCCAUGUGCUCGUCCCUCCAUGUGCCCAUUCUCCCCACGAGCAGCGCAGCUACAACAUUGUUCUCAACGCCCAUGCCAAGAGCAUCACACCAUGUCCUUGCUCGCCCAUGUGCUCGUCCCUCCAUGUGCCCAUUCUCCCCACGAGCAGCGCAGCUACAACAUUGUUCUCAACGCCCAUGCCAAGAGCAUCACACCAUGUCCUUGCUCGCCCAUGUGCUCGUCCCUCCAUGUGCCCAUUCUCCCCACGAGCAGCGCAGCUACAACAUUGUUCUCAACGCCCAUGCCAAGAGCAUCACACCAUGUCCUUGCUCGCCCAUGUGCUCGUCCCUCCAUGUGCCCAUUCUCCCCACGAGCAGCGCAGCUACAACAUUGUUCUCAACGCCCAUGCCAAGAGCAUCACACCAUGUCCUUGCUCGCCCAUGUGCUCGUCCCUCCAUGUGCCCAUUCUCCCCACGAGCAGCGCAGCUACAACAUUGUUCUCAACGCCCAUGCCAAGAGCAUCACACCAUGUCCUUGCUCGCCCAUGUGCUCGUCCCUCCAUGUGCCCAUUCUCCCCACGAGCAGCGCAGCUACAACAUUGUUCUCAACGCCCAUGCCAAGAGCAUCACACCAUGUCCUUGCUCGCCCAUGUGCUCGUCCCUCCAUGUGCCCAUUCUCCCCACGAGCAGCGCAGCUACAACAUUGUUCUCAACGCCCAUGCCAAGAGCAUCACACCAUGUCCUUGCUCGCCCAUGUGCUCGUCCCUCCAUGUGCCCAUUCUCCCCACGAGCAGCGCAGCUACAACAUUGUUCUCAACGCCCAUGCCAAGAGCAUCACACCAUGUCCUUGCUCGCCCAUGUGCUCGUCCCUCCAUGUGCCCAUUCUCCCCACGAGCAGCGCAGCUACAACAUUGUUCUCAACGCCCAUGCCAAGAGCAUCACACCAUGUCCUUGCUCGCCCAUGUGCUCGUCCCUCCAUGUGCCCAUUCUCCCCACGAGCAGCGCAGCUACAACAUUGUUCUCAACGCCCAUGCCAAGAGCAUCACACCAUGUCCUUGCUCGCCCAUGUGCUCGUCCCUCCAUGUGCCCAUUCUCCCCACGAGCAGCGCAGCUACAACAUUGUUCUCAACGCCCAUGCCAAGAGCAUCACACCAUGUCCUUGCUCGCCCAUGUGCUCGUCCCUCCAUGUGCCCAUUCUCCCCACGAGCAGCGCAGCUACAACAUUGUUCUCAACGCCCAUGCCAAGAGCAUCACACCAUGUCCUUGCUCGCCCAUGUGCUCGUCCCUCCAUGUGCCCAUUCUCCCCACGAGCAGCGCAGCUACAACAUUGUUCUCAACGCCCAUGCCAAGAGCAUCACACCAUGUCCUUGCUCGCCCAUGUGCUCGUCCCUCCAUGUGCCCAUUCUCCCCACGAGCAGCGCAGCUACAACAUUGUUCUCAACGCCCAUGCCAAGAGCAUCACACCAGUCAGUGCCCAUGGUGAUGGUGACUUUGAUGGUGAUGAGCAUGGCGAUACUGGGAGGGACAACAAUGACCAUACAGAGGAGCAAGUUGCGCCCCCAUCCAUGCCACCCCGGCUCAGCCCCUCGGAAACCAUCCAUCGCAUGCGCCAGCUCAUCGCCUCGAUGUCGAGACAAGACUUGCCGCCCACGCCUAGUGAUUCCUACUGGAGCGCGCCCAGACAGGACAACGCGGCCUCUGUGACAAAGCGUUUGAGAAGCACCUCUGAUGCUGUAACUCCUUGUACUAUCACUUCUGGUGAUGUCUCUCCCAAGACUGUAGCUCCUCCUGUUGCUGUCACUCCUGAUAUAGUCACGUUCAACACGUUGCUGGAUGCAUGUGCCCGGGCGGCGAAUGCGGAUGCUGCAGUGGACACGUGGCAGCAGAUGAUUGGUUCAGGCAUCACACCCACAGAGGCCUCCAUUUCCUCCCUCACGGCCGCCUUCCGCCUGGCCCCCUCGCUGCCUCUCGACCUGCUCGCGUCCCUGGCGCCCACUGACCUUCCUCCACGUCAGCCAGCCAAUCAGACGCAGCAAUCUGCAAUAAAGCAGAAUCAGCAGCAGCAGCAGCAGCAGCAGCAGCAGCAGCAGCAUCAACUUACGGAUUUCCCUUUCCGCCCGUCCCUUGUCUCGGCCACCAUUCCAAGCUCACCCGCAGCUCCCCUUCCCUCACCUCGCACGUCUCGAGAUGAGAUGAGUUUUGAGGCACCUCAAAAAGCGGCCACCAUUCCAACCUCACCCGCAGCUCCGCCUCUCUCACCUCGCUUCAGCACCGCUGCUAUAAGCCCUCCCCCGCUUCCCCCGGCCACCUCUGCUGCCACUGAACCCGGCCUGUUUUCUAGGCUCGGCCCGUGGCUGCAGCAGUGGUUCGGGGAGCCAGCAGCCACGGCACCACCAGCACAGGGGGCUCUGGGGUCUGGUGGAAUGGGGAUGAAGGGCGGUUGGAGGGUUGAGGAGGGCAGCGAGGCCAUGGGGGUGGAGACUGUGGAUUUGCAUGGCUUGUCCGCCAUGCAGAGUAGACUCCGACUCAUGGAUGUCCUACUCCCUCCCUUGAGUCCUUCUUCACUCGCUCCCUCACUCUCUUCCUCACUCCCUCACCCGCACCUGCACUCACACCCUCACUCGCCCUCUCCUUCACACACUCGUGUGGCUGCUCCCUCAGUCUCCGCACGAGGUGGUGAAACUGAGGGGGUAAACCUCUCCUUUCUAGCUCAUUCUAAGGCACUGGAAGCACCUCAGGAGCAGCCAGUGUUUGUGCAUGGAUCCACCCUGACAGCGCCAGCAUCGGCGUCAGCAGCGGGUCGGAAAAAGGGUGGUGGUGCCACUCUUUCUGCGCAGGGCAAAGGGCGGGCUUGUGAGGCGGCUCAGAAGGCAGCAGCAGCAGCAGCAGCGGGACAGGGAAAGGCUGGUGGCGGCACUCCCUCUGCGCAGGAUAGAGGGCUCGUCAUUAUCACCGGGGCUGGAAGGUCCGUUUUGACCGUCGCAAACCUUUGA